AGCUACCCAUGAAUGGUUGCGGUCCGCCAUCAAAACAACUUGAAGAAGGAGAAGCUACUCAUGAAUUUUCUCCUCAAAAGUCAAAUCCGUUUUCCAAAAUUGACAUACACUAAUAUCUAAAUGAUAACGAAGAUUAUUAGUAAUUACAGGGUUCAAGAAGAUCAGGUUGUCCAGUCUACAGUGAUGUCUGAAGAAGUGAUCGUCGUGGAGUGGGCAGAUCCUGGUGUGUCAGAGGAGGGAUGCCAAGUCCAAAUCAUUACAGACAACCCCUCUGCAGUGUUCUCUGACAGCCUGGUCCAGAAUAUAUUGGUGAACACUGUGGUACAAGGCCAAGAGGAGGGUCAUCAACUACUAGAUGACAACGGUAAUGACCUCUAUUGUGAGGCGUGUCAUACCUCCAACAAAGACCAGUGUGAUGUCCAAGGUGGUCUGUCCUUCAUGCUGGAUUCUCCCACUCCAAUGGGUAUACCCCAGAGGGCCCUCCUCACCCUACCCCAUGGGCUGGUGGUAGGCAGGUCCAGUAUCCCAGGGGCAGGCCUGGGGGUCCUAAACCAAGGGCCAACUGUGGCCCCAGGAAUGCACUUUGGCCCCUGUGAGGGGGAGGUGACUACCAGGGAAAGAGCAGUAGCAAGUGACUAUUCCUGGGAGGUCUGGAACAGUAAGAGUGAAUCUGAGUACAUCGAUGCUGCACGAGACACUCAUUCCAACUGGAUGAGGUAUGUUAACUGUGCUCGUAAUGAAGAGGAGGGUAAUCUCAUAGCACUCCAGUACAGGGGGAUUGUUUUCUUCCACUGCUGCCGCUCCAUCCCCCCAGGAGAUGAGUUCCUGUUUUGGCCUGGGGGCAGAUUCAUCGAAAGGUUUAGGGACCCCACUGACCAAAUCUGGCUCCGAAAGUGCACCCCUUCAGAGUUUAGAACAGAUUUGUCGUCUCAGGUUUUCCUCUGCUGUCAGUGCCAGCUUACUUUCACCACCAAGUCCUACCUUCAAAAGCAUACAGAGAAAUCGCACUCUCUGGACCUAUCACCUGCGUCUGAACUGAGUGAGCUUGACAAUCACCUUUCUAACGGCAAUGUAAAGCCAGACCCGAUGCCGUCGUCCUCUGUAGGGGAGUUGGCCUACCGGUGCCCUCAGUGUCCUAAGAGCUUUAAGCAGAAGGGCCACGUCCAGAGACACAUGCGAAAUGUCCACUCCAAGGUGAAACCGUACUGCUGCAUUCAUUGUAGGAGGUGUUUCGCGCAGCUGUCUUGUCUGGCCAGGCACCAGAUACGAGUUCAUGGAAAGAAGAAGAAGCAGGGAAUAGAAGAGUUUAUGUCUGAAGAGAUCAGAGGGAAGAGUCAGCCAUCCCCUGACAGGACCCAGGAAACAGAGUCCUCCACCUCCGAUGCUCCACCUACAGGGACCUCAGUCUUAUUCCCGUGUCCUCAUUGCCCAUUCUCUUCUACUGUGGAGAGCAGCCUUUGUCAGCACAUGAAGAGCCAUGACCAAAGGGAAAAUGUCAUCAAAAUGCAGGCUUUUGUAGAGGUCAGAGGGGAGAGCACCCAUAAACCUGAAUCCCCAGAACUCCCCUCUGAUGCUCUACAUACAGAGCCCCAGACAGAUGAGCCGGCACAAAGAGGUGAGGAGGCCAACAGCUGCUCUCAGUGUGGGAAGCGCUUUAAACAGAAGGGUCACUUCCAAAGACACAUGCGAGCUGUCCACUCCAACGUCAGACCCUACUGCUGCCCCCAGUGCAGGAAGUGUUUUGCUCAGGGGUAUGACCUGGCGAGGCACCAGCUACGAGUUCAUGGAACGAAGAAGAAGCGUCGAGUAGUAGGGGUCAGAGGGGAGAAUCUGCCCCGGCCGCCCUCUGACAGCGCCUGGGAACCGGAGCCCCCCUCCAAUGAUUCACCUACAGAGACCCAGACUGGAAGAGCUCCCUCUCAGAGGCUAAGGAACCUCAGAGUAAAGUCCACCAGGACCUCUAAAGCCAAAACUAAGACAAACGCACCAAAACAAAGACAAAUCAGUACCAAGAAGAGAUCCCAUUCAGAUCCUGAUUCAGAUGAUCUGGACAGGAAGGAGAUGGAGGGAGAGGCUGUUGGAGAGCAGGCCCAGUACAGCUGCACUGAGUGUCAGGGAACCUACGACAACCCAGAGUCUCUCAGAUCCCAUCAGUGCAUCCAGGUCGUGGUGGGGCCGCCGCCGUAUUCUUGCUCUACAUGUGGGGUUACCUUCAAACGGUACACCACCCUGAAGAAGCACAAGCUCAACAAGCACCCGAAGGAAAAUAUGCGUUAUUGCUGCACCCGCUGUGGAAGGUUCUUCAGUCAGGCUGCCGGUCUACAGCGCCACCUGGAGGCAGAAGUAUGUAAGGACAUCCAGCUGAGCUCUGAAGCUGUCCCCUGCUCCUACUGCCAAUUCUCCUUCACCGAGGAGAGGUACCUCCGGAAGCACGUUAAGAGACACCACCCUGAGGAGUAUGUCUCUCAGGCCUCAGGCCUGGGCACAGGCCUCAUUCCGCCAGAGCAGAAGGCUGUAGAGGGGGGAGAGGUCCACCUCUGCUUUCAGUGUGGGAAGAGCUACAAGUAUGUUAAAUGCUUCAAAUCGCACAGGUGUUUCCAGUCAGUAACAGCCAAACGGUACUUGUGCAAUGACUGUGGGAAAGGUUUUUCUUGUUUCUACAGCCUUAAGCAGCAUCAGCGGAUUCACACGGGAGAGAAGCCAUACCGCUGUUCUUAUUGCGAGAAGUGUUUUAGCCACUCUGGACAGUUGAAUGUGCACGUGAGGAUACACACAGGGGAGAAGCCUUUCCUGUGUACAGAGUGUGGAGAGACCUUCCGUCAGUCUGGGGAUCUGAAGCGCCAUGAGAGAAAACACACUGGGGUGAAACCAUGUACCUGCCCUGAAUGUGGGAAAAGCUUCAGUCGACCUCAGAGUCUGAAAGCUCACCAGCUGCUGCACAACGGAGAGAAACUGUACAAGUGUGAUCAGUGUGUCAAAAGGUUUUCACGAAAUUAUCACCUGACAAGACACCAUGAAAAGAUGCACUCAUAAUUUGGCUGCACCACACACACACUGUUUACUACUUGGUUGAGUUAAUAUUUCUGUAGCAGAGCAACAUUCACAGAUCAGAAUACCAUUCUAUUUACAACACAAGUACAAGCAUGUGAUUUGUGUUUUAUUAUUGCUUGACCUCACUAACGCUCAUGUUUGAAUGGAAGCAAGCCCCUGCAGCAAUGUUCCAACAUCUAGUGGAAAGCCUUCCCAGAAGAGUGGAGGCUGUUGUAGCAGCAAAGGGGGACCAAAUCAAUAUUCAUGCGCAUGAUUUUGGAAUGAGAUGUUUGACGAGCAGGUGUCCAUACUUUUGGUCAUGUAAUGUAUCUUUGUACCUGGAGGACAAUUCAGUUUGUAAACUGAAAAUGAAUUUAAAAAAGACUGACUUCAUUAUCACGGUUCACCAUUUAUUCCACAAAACAUAAUGCAAAGCAUGUGCCCUGUACAAGCCUAAAAUCUUAUGAAAAUACAUAACAUGCUCAUGAGAUAUUUCUUCAUUUCAUAAAAUUAUCCAACACUGUCUUUGUGAAAUCACCCAGGUCUUGCCUCCAAAAUUCAACAAAUAUCCAUUCUAGACAGUUUCCAUUGCUUAUCUUACCAGCUUUAAUCCAAUACCUCACAUAUAUGGCGUUUACCAUAUAAACAAUCAAAUAUUUCAGUCAUCUUAACUAUACAAACACUGGUAUGGGAGUUGACAUAGUCUUUUUACAGUAAGUUUCCCUCCAAACUGAAGAAGCAGGUGAAUAUUACCUGGCAGUGAUUCCAUGUGCUACAGUCAGGGGAAUGGGGAGUGCACAAUAGCUGCUGGUGAUGUUUCAUCACCAUCGAAGUCCAUGGUUGUGUUCAUUAGGGUACACAACGGACAAGUCCAGAUAGGACUAGUCCUUCCCUGUUUCAGUCCAUUUUAUUCUGUUUGGUUUCUAAUGAACAUGCACUAGUUGUGUUUCCAUCACCAGUUCUUGUGUCUGUCAUUCAGUCAGUGUUGAACACAUGUUGAAAAUCCACAAUAAAAACAAUAAUAAAAAAAAA